AUGGACGGACAGCGGUGGUCUGGCAGGGUGCAGGAGUGUCGGAGUGGCGGUCUGACACGGGCGCGAGGCCGCUGCUCCGUCGCCGCCAAGAUCUUCAGGACUGCCAACGCGCCGCGCACCGCCCCGGACGCCACGGAGACGUUGGUCGCCCAGGCCCUCCUCGACCUCGAGAACAACGUCCCGGACCUCAAGGCCGAGCUCCGUCCCCUCCAGAUCUCGGCUGCUCGCGAGGUUGACGUCAAGGGCGGCAAGAAGGCUAUCGUCGUCUUCGUCCCCGUUCCCCAGCUCAAGGCGUUCCACAAGAUCCAGGGCCGCCUUACCCGCGAGUUGGAGAAGAAGUUCUCGGACCGCCACGUCGUCUUCAUUGCGCAGCGCCGCAUGAUGCGCAAGCCCACCCGUGGCUCGCGCCAGAAGCAGCAGCGCCCCCGCUCGCGCACCCUCAAGGCCGUCCACGACGCCAUCCUUGAGGACCUCGUCUUCCCGACCGAGAUCACCGGCAAGCGCACGCGCCAGGCCGUCGAUGGAUCCAAGACCAUCAAGGUCUUCCUCGACCAGAAGGACGCCACCAACCUCGAGUACAAGCUCGACUCGUUCUCCUCGGUCUACCAGAAGCUCACUGGCAAGAACGUCCACUUCCAGUUCUCGGAGUAA